GAAUCACAAGAUCUUCUCUUCGUCUUGCCCAAUUCACGCUUCCCAAACGCGCCCCCGUCCCGUGAAAUUAAGAUUGGCCGCCCAGCCACAGUAGCGCCACAUCGAACACUUCCAGAACAUCACCACUUUCGGAGUCGGGUCUGCAUGUUUUGCACCGGCUGGCUUCAUCGUGAACAUAGUUUGUUUGCCCAGUCAUCGAGAUCUUAUCAUAUUGAUCUUCCAAUCGCAAUUGAAUUCUCGCAUCUCAUAAGUGUGUGUUCAAGUCAUCAACGUCACCAUGCCUGGUCUUUCCACAAAGGGCUGGAUCAAAAUGGUUGCCUCAGGCGUAGUUUUGUGCGUUGGAGGACCAGCCCUGGUCAUGUGGGUACAACCGACAGAGGAAGAAUUAUUCAAACGCUAUAACCCAGAAUUGCAAAAGCGUUCGUUAGAGAAUCGAGCCAAGAACCAAGAAGAAUUCGAUGCUUUCGUCAACAGGCUAAAGGACAAUGCUAAAUCAGAUAAGAAUAUCUGGGGUGCAAUUGCAGAAGCCCAAGAAAAGGAGAGAGCAGUUACAAGAGAGGCGUCAGAGGAGACGCGUAGACUGUUGGCUGCUGAGAUGGAGAAACAGAAGCAAGAGAUUCGCAAAAGCAACGCGUGAACUUCUUCCGAAUUGUACAAUUUAUACAUACCUUCAUGUACAUAUGUCCAAUGAGAAUAGCGUUAUCCUUUUC